AUGGAAGAAACAAAGGAUGGAAGUACAUCUUCUUUUAUUCAAUCACAACUUCAUUCUGUAAUUGCAUCACAACGUGCAACAAUAGAAACACUCCGUGACUCUCUAACACGAGCACAUGUACCUCGGGCGGACUAUGAUGAACUUAAUUUACGUUUUGAACAAUCUCAAGCUCAUUCAUUAGACCUUCAAAAUCAACUUGAUACAUCGUUAGCUCAUUCAAAUGAUUUACAAAAUCAACUUGAUGCAGCAAAUUUAUUUUCUACUCAACUUCAAACUGAACUUGAUGAUGUUCAUGCAAAAUUAACAUCAACCUAUGCUGUAUUAGAAGAAGCUUGUUCAAAAAUUGAUCUUGAACGUGCAGAAUUUGAAAAAUCUUUACAACAUAUUCGUCGUACAACAGUUGAUGAAAUUCGUAAAAACUCUGAAUUAUAUACGAAAACACUUGCAAUGGAACAAACCUAUGUUGCACAACGACAAGCACUGGAUACGAAAACAACUGAAUUAAAACAAUUAGAAAAACGUUUAACACAACAAGAAGAAAAUGCAACGAAUAAAAUAAAUAAAUUAGCUGUUAAAUUAGAACAAGAAAAAUUUAUUGCAAGAGAAAUUAUUCAAACCGAACAAAAUCGUUUAUUAAAAUCAAAAAAUAAGAAAUAA